CGAUUGUUCUGAAUCGGUACGAAUCGAUGACUCGGUGUCGCUCUCUAAGAUCAGCUGUUUGUAGUGGUGGAGAGCGUGAAAGGAUGGUCACCGGUAAUAAGCGGCAUGGCCUUGCCGCAGCAGCGGCCACGACGCAGACGACGGAUCCCCUCGACCUGCUGGCUCUUCUCUCACACGAGAUCCUGUGCAAGAUAUUCGCGCACCUCUCCCUGCGCGAGGUGGUCUCCAUGCAGACGCUGUGCCGCAAGCUGAGGGAUGCCGCCACUCUCUUCCUGCGCGUCACGCCGUCAUUGGACCUGUGCGGGGGCCGGUGGUGGACGUACAUGCCUGCCGGAUUGACAGAUGGCCCUCUGUUGUCCCUUAUGUCUCACACCCCGGCAUUGGUGUGGUGUUACGGCCUGCACCCCUACAGUGUGAAUCCACGUCGGACGCGUGUGGGGGAUACUCUCAGCAUACCCGGGAUAACGCAGGCUCUGCAGGCCUGCCCUCGCCUUGCUGGCGUGGAAACCUCCCACCUCCAGGUUGCCGAGGCAAUCUGGAAGUAUCUGCCGCAUGUGGAGAUUUUGGGAAAAUUUCGGAACCGGAAUGGAGGUUUUCCAAUUCCAAGAGAAAACACGCUGUGUGUGCCAAGUGGAGCCAGGGUUCAAGCACUGCAUCUCGUGGGAGUGUCCAUACCAGAGCUGCCUUCAAUUCCCUCUCUGGUCUCCCUGCACCUCAAGUGGGUUCGCUUCACUAACCAGCAGCCCUUCAUAAACUUCCACUGCCCCAACCUCACUUCCUUCACGAUGAGCAACUGUGCAGGCCCCACCAGCUCCCCACGCUACGUCGCGCUGGUAACGGCUCUCGCCGCCGCUCGCCGCCUCACUCACUUGGAGCUGGUCCGCGUGCCGUUUCCCGGCGGGAUUUUCCAGCACAACGUGGAGGACAACAUCCGUUCAGGUGCGUUCCGUGCAUUGGAGUGCAUCGUGUUUGGAGCCUGCAAGUACGCCCUGGAGAUUGACCUGGGAUACCUGGCCAUCGCCUCUGCACAGAGCCUGGAAGAGGUGCGGAUGCAGCCGUACUUGAGCAAGGAUUGUGUGUUCACCGCCCUGAAGAUGGCCGCGAUGUCCUUCCCUCAGAUGGAGGAGCUGCACUUGGGCCACACAGAUGACUUCCAUAUGCAGACGUGGUAUACGCCCGACGAGCUGGUGGAACUGGGAUUGGCUGACGUGUCCGAGUCUCCGUGCACCCUCACCGACCUGGGAGUGAACAUGGCCGGAGAGGUGUUUCCCACCCUCAAGCACCUGAGCCUCUACAACUGCCCCCACCUCCAUUUGCCGCAGAGCUGGGUGACAAAUUUGGCUCCUUGGCGCAACCUGACGGAGCUGACGCUGACCAAGUGCCACGCAGUGCGAUUGGCCUCACUCGCCGGCCUCGUGGAGCGUCUGGGCAAUCUCAUGUACCUCACCCUCCAGGACAUGUUCAGAGAGCUACCCAGGGGCUGCGCUCGCGUCAACCUGAGCGCGGGCACAGGCAUCGACCUGCUCGCCAACAACAACAACCACCACGACAAUCGCGUGCCCGCUGAGCAACCGCCGCCGCCACCGCCGCCGCACCAGCUGCCCAACUUCGCGGGAGCGGAGCACGUGAGGAACGUGGCGGCCGCCGCCGCCGCUGCCGCCCCUCCCCCUCGCAACGGCAGGGACGACGACGGUGGCGGCGGCGGCGGCGGCGGCGGGGACGCCGCUGACGAUGACGCGGCGCCGGCGGCGGCAGGGGCGGCCGCGGCGCGCGGCGCUAACGACAACGAUGACGCUCUCUUCGCUUGGAACAUGGAGGUGGCCGUAGCGGCGGGGCAAGGCGACAACGCGCCGGCGCCGCCGCCUGCUGGCAGGAGGCACAUGGUCACCAGGAGGAUGGCACAGCAGUCCGGCCGUCUGUUCGCGGGUGCCUCGGGGAGAGGGCGAGAUGGGCGGGGUCUUGGUAGGAGCACAGUCACGCCGGACUGCUCACAGGUGCUGAAGCUGCGAUCCUCUUCCCUGCUCGGGGUCACACUGUUGGCCUGCGGGCUGUCCGACCUCAGCUUUGUCAGCUGUCCUCGCCUGCAGUUCGUGCAAGCGUCGCGGUGCCCCGUGCUGUGCCGCGUGUCGCUGGGAGCCGCGAGCGAGGGCACGUCGCGCCUCGUCGUGUCCCGCUGCCGCCACAUGUCUCCCGUUGACCUGAUGGUCACAGCGCUGCGGCUCCCUGCCACCGCCGAUCGCUACCUGUGCUUCACCAUCCUGACUCACAUGGCCCUGAUCGAAAUCGAGAAGGAGGCGUUUGCGUGCAAGCGUGCCUCCUACCUGGUCGUGCUGCACACGUUCAGCGACAUUCCUGACGUGCGCACAAAUACAUUUGUGUGCGAGCGCAUGGAGGCCCUGGCCAAGGCGCACAGGGAGCUGCUGCAGUUGCAGGGUUUGUCGAAACCUGCAAAUACGAAACCUCUGCAGAAUUGUCCAAAGAGUGGAAAGCGCAUCUUCCAAGGCAAAUUGGAGGGCGUAAACUACCGGCUAGCGACAGACUUUCCCUGGCUACAAUUUGUGAAGUUGGAAGAUGUCAACCCUAGCUGUGCCAUCCCAGAAGGCGUGCGUGAGAAAGUGCUGGGCAAGCUUCUGGGCCGGAUGCACUUCCCCACACACAUGGUGGUGGCUGUCCUGCAGCACGGAGUCCCGGCUGAAGAUGACUGACGUCCUCAGAGGGUGCGCGCUCAUCAAUGACGCUUGGGUUGAUGCGGAUAAAGCACCCGCAACCAAAAUGAUGAGAUAUUUAUUUUAAAAAUGCAAUGUUUGUAACUUAAAUGUAUAAAAAAACACGUACCUUGGCUUGCAUAACGUUUUCAAUUUUGUGGUUUCCAAUUUAUUGCUUGGAAAUAUACACAGCCCCCUAUACAUUUCCGCUUUUUUUUUAUUUAAACCAAAAAUAUAUAGCAAGAAAAUCUGACAUUUGCUGUUAAUGCAUUUUUUGCGUGAAUUUUUUUUCUAUACUUGUGUUUUACAUUCUGUAUACUGUACAUAUUACAAUAUAUCAUUUAUAUAGUCUUGUUUGUCAUGGGUUAAACCAACAAUCACGUGAAAAUAUCCAUGCACUCAAAUAAUGGUGUAUCAUCAACACAUGUUAAAUUUUGCCUGGAAUCGUAUAAAAUUGCACGCAUCUCUAUAGGUACGUGCAAGUGUGCUUGUGUAGAUAGUGUGGUUGUACAUCAGAUUUGGAUUUGUGCGAUUCUGCAUACGUGUACAUAUGCGUACAUAUGUUUGUUUAUGCAUGUGUAUUUCUGCAACUACGUAUGUAUAUGCAUGUACAUAUGCGUGCAAAUUUGUGUACAUACCGGCACGUUUGCAUACACGUGCAUACGUCAAAUGACACCGGUAUGCGAAGAGGGCAGGCAUACAUUCUCACAUUUGCGCGUGCACACGGCAAUACAACGGAGCCUAAAUACAACCGCGUCUCGAGAUGCCGUUCAAAACAGUGGGCGGGGGGAGGGAUUGCGACAUCGUAGGAACCGCUGCAAAAGGAAGGUAACAGAAAUGUUGCAUGAAAAGUUGCAUUUGAAAACACUGCGUAAAAGACGCGAGACGGGCGAGGAGUCGAAGGAAAGCUUUGACCGUGAACUUUAACGGAGUCCGCGCUACGGAUGACGCGGGAGUUAAUGUCAGGUUCCUGGAGCAGAGACGGGCUUCUAUUUGUUAAAAAGUGAUGCCAUUUCUAUUUGUUUCCCUCCAUGAAUUAAUGCUCGACUAAAACUAGCCAAUUUUUGUAAUUAUUUCUUAAAAUGUAAUUUAUAUGCAAUUUUGUUUGUGAAACAAUAUUUUUAAAUGACAACAAAUAACAGUGCUGUUUUAAAUUUUGAUUUAAAGCUUUCGUGACUGUAGUAAAGUCACGUUGAAGGGAUACAAUAAAAUAUAUAAAACAAUGAAAUUCUCACGACGCCUCGACUGCAACACAAGCAGUCAUCAGGUGUGAAAACCAACAUCUGAUGGUGACUGCUUGUGUUGCAGUAGAGGCCUUGUUUCCCUUCAACGUGACUUUACCGAAAGAGCCAAGAAUAUAGUGCUGUUUUAUUGCAUCCCAGCCAAAUCUCGCAUCACUGUUAUAACAAAUGACAGGUGAUGGUUCCAAGGUCAGAGCACUGAGAUAGCACUGCUGUAGUCCAUAGUUCAACUUUCAGCUGCGUGUGAAUAAAGCGAGGUUCUUAAAUGUGAUUCGAUGGUCUCAGCCCAGCUAGCCAAUAACAAAAAAACCCCAAUUAACUUGAGUUUUUGUACUUAAUUAAUUUGGGAAAACUCUGGCACUGAGAAGUAUUAGUCUUGGUUUGAGUGUCAUGCGAUGAACUUUAUUACACUGUAGCACAGUGGGUGUGAAUGUGGUGUGUGGAUUCGAGGCUGUGGCAAAAUUCUUAUAAAAUUCAUGAAACUGAGAAAAGUAAAAAACAGGUUUCAAGUUUAUUUUGUGUAAUCAGAAGAGGCCAGGACGAGUCUCAUUUGCGAGAGUGACCUGGGUCAACAUGUGACACCUUUUAUGAAAUUGGCUACAUUUUACAUAUUUCCCCCCAAAAUUGAAACUGCAGUGGUAAAACCCAACAGAACAUGCAAUGUUGGGCCAACGUUGGCCUGUGGUUGGAGCCGUUGAAUCAAUGUUGGCAAAAAUAUUCCAUGUUUACUGGGAAGCCAGUAUUUUAAAUAUGGCUUUAAAUAUUUUUUUGUAAAAAAUAUACUCGUCUUACAUUUUUUUCUCCCCCCCCCCCCCUCUCCAUUAUGCAAUAAAACUAGCAUUUGACCAUGAAAUUUCCAAAAGUUGGCUUUUAUUGCAUAUUGAUGCAAUGAUCACAAUAAUUUUCUUUAAAAAAAUAAAGUACGCUUUGUGUA